UAUCAUCCAGAUGGCGGAGCCGGACAGUGGUUGCUAAAGCUAGCUAAUAUUAGGUUUUAUUGUGAGACAAAACUAUUUUACGCCGGAUAAACUGCUUGCAGAGCGGUUUACCUGGUGUUACAUUUUAAUUUGUGCCCUUUUAAUUUGUGGUCUUAGCGCUGUAUCUAUCGCACGUUUUGUAUAGUAUUUAUUUGUAGCCAAGCAGCCCGGUUAGCAUCUUUGUUGGAAGUUUAGGCCUUACUCUGCCUCCGCUCGUCGAUUUUAACAAUAGCCGCGAUAUAGUCCCUCCUCUCCGGUUGUUUUGGUGCCUCUUCUUGGAUUAACUUUUACAAAACUAAAAAAACAUGGGGCAAAAGUCGGAUGUGUUGAGUUUGAUCAUCUGAGUGCAUCAUUAUCUCGCUGGAUCGGUAUUUUGGCUGGGAUUUUGAAGACAUUUUGGAAGCUCCAUCACAGAAACAUUAAGGAUCACAAAGGACCAUGUCCAACGGUGCAGGCAGCGGUGCUUUGGCUUGGCUGGAAGCGGCCAAUGGUAGAGGAGACCCUGGUAAGAUGGAUGCCCCAAAAAAGGAGAAAGGAGGCAAACUGUCUGUGGAGCGAGUGUACCAGAAGAAGACCCAGCUGGAGCACAUCCUGCUGCGCCCUGACACAUAUGUGGGCAGCGUGGAGCCUGUCACCCAGCUAAUGUGGGUGUUUGACGAAGAAAUCGGAAUGAAUCAGAGGGAGAUCACCUACGUCCCGGGCUUGUACAAAAUCUUCGAUGAGAUUCUGGUGAACGCCGCCGAUAACAAACAGAGGGACAAGAACAUGACUGCCAUAAAGAUCACCAUAGACCCUGAGUCCAACACUAUAUCCAUCUGGAACAACGGCAAAGGCAUUCCCGUGGUGGAACACAAAGACGAGAAGAUGUACGUCCCCGCCCUCAUCUUCGGACACCUCCUCACCUCCAGUAACUAUGACGACGAGGAGAAAAAAGUCACAGGUGGAAGAAACGGAUAUGGUGCCAAACUCUGCAACAUCUUCAGCACCAAGUUCACCGUGGAAACUGCCUGCAAAGAGUACAGACACAGCUUUAAACAGACGUGGCAGAACAACAUGACCAAGACUGCAGAUCCUAAAAUCAAGUUCUUUGAUGGGGAGGACUUCACCUGCGUGACCUUCCAGCCUGACCUGUCCAAGUUUAAGAUGGAGAAACUGGACAAGGACAUCGUGGCCCUGCUCACACGCAGAGCUUAUGACAUUGCCGGCUCCUGCAAAGGCGUCAAAGUUUCCCUCAACGGCAAGAAACUACCUGUGACCAGUUUCCGCAGCUACGUAGACCUGUACGUGAAGGACAAAGUGGACGAGACGGGUGUGGCUCUGAAGGUGGUAAAUGAAGCUGUGAAUGAGCGCUGGGACGUGUGCCUCACCAUGAGCGAGAAGGGCUUCCAGCAGAUCAGCUUUGUCAACAGUAUUGCCACCACCAAGGGAGGCAGGCACAUUGACUAUGUGGUGGACCAGAUAGUGUCCAAACUUAUUGAGGUUGUGAAAAAGAAGAACAAGGCUGGAGUGUCCGUCAAACCCUUCCAGGUGAAGAACCACAUCUGGGUGUUUGUGAACUGUCUGAUUGAGAACCCCACAUUCGACUCCCAGACCAAGGAGAACAUGACACUGCAGAUGAAGAGCUUCGGCUCCAAGUGCCUUCUCUCCGAAAAGUUUAUCCGUGCUGCGACUAACUGUGGGAUCGUGGAGAGCAUUCUGAACUGGGUAAAGUUCAAAGCGCAGACGCAGCUGAAUAAGAAGUGUUCCUCGGUGAAGCACAGCAAGAUCAAGGGCAUCCCCAAACUGGACGAUGCCAACGACGCCGGUGGAAAGCACUCAUCAGAAUGCACACUGAUCCUGACUGAGGGAGACUCGGCCAAGUCUCUGGCUGUGUCUGGACUUGGAGUCAUCGGGCGAGAUCGAUAUGGAGUGUUCCCACUCAGAGGGAAGAUCCUCAACGUCAGAGAGGCCACUCACAAACAGAUUAUGGAAAAUGCAGAGAUCAACAACAUCAUCAAAAUCGUGGGUCUGCAGUACAAGAAAAGCUACGACGACGCCGAGUCACUACGCACUUUGCGCUACGGCAAAAUCAUGAUCAUGACCGAUCAGGACCAGGACGGCUCCCAUAUCAAAGGGCUACUCAUCAACUUCUUCCACCACAACUGGCCCUCUCUGCUCAAGCACACAUUCCUGGAGGAGUUCAUUACACCCAUUGUCAAAGUGACCAAGAAUAAACAGCAGUUAUCCUUCUUCAGCAUCCCAGAGUUUGACGAAUGGAAAAAACAGACGGAGAACUUCAAAACCUGGCAUAUAAAGUACUACAAAGGUUUGGGCACAAGUACAAGCAAGGAGGCCAAGGAGUACUUUGCUGACAUGGAGAGACACCGCAUCUCAUUCAAAUACAGUGGAGCAGAGGAUGAUGCUGCCAUUACUUUGGCCUUCAGUAAGAAGAAAACAGACGACCGAAAGGAAUGGUUGACCAACUUUAUGGAGGACAGGAGGCAGAGGAGGAUGCAUGGGCUGCCAGAGAAAUACUUGUAUGGGACCCAAACCAAAUACUUGUCCUACAAUGACUUCAUCAACAAGGAGCUAAUUCUGUUUUCCAACUCGGACAACGAAAGGUCCAUCCCGUCCUUAGUUGAUGGUUUGAAGCCCGGUCAGAGGAAAGUCCUGUUCACUUGUAUGAAGAGGAACGACAAGCGGGAGGUCAAAGUGGCUCAGCUGGCUGGUUCAGUGGCCGAGAUGUCUGCCUAUCAUCACGGAGAGCAAGCUCUCAUGAUGACCAUCGUGAACUUGGCUCAGAACUUCGUGGGCAGUAACAACAUAAACAUCCUGCAGCCUCUGGGUCAGUUUGGUACUCGCAUCAACGGAGGCAAAGACGCUGCCAGCCCACGUUACAUCUUCACCAUGCUCAGUCCUUUGGCCAAGUUGCUGUUCCCAGCUGUGGACUCCAACCUGCUCAAGUUCCUGUUUGAUGACAACCAGAAGGUGGAGCCAGAGUGGUAUAUUCCCAUCCUGCCCCUGGUGCUGGUGAAUGGAGCCGAGGGCAUUGGCACAGGUUGGGCCUGUAGGAUCCCCAAUUACGACCCAAGAGAGAUCGUCAACAACAUCAACAGGAUGCUCAACCACCAAGACCCCCUGCCCAUGCUCCCAAGUUACAAAGGCUUCAAAGGAAUUAUCCAUGAACUGGGCCAAAACCAGUACUUGGUGAGCGGGGAGGUCUCAGUCAUCGACAAAAACACCAUCGAGAUCACCGAGCUGCCCAUCCGUACAUGGACACAGGCUUAUAAGGAAACGGUGCUGGAGCCCAUGGUACAAGGCACAGAGAAAACCCCUGCCCUCAUCAACGACUACAAGGAGUACCACACCGACACCACUGUCAAGUUUGUGGUCCGCAUGUCCGAGGAGAAGCUAGCCCAAGCGGAGGCAGCUGGUCUGCACAAAGUCUUCAAGCUCCAGUCCUCUCUCACCUGCAACUCUAUGGUGUUGUUUGACCACAUGGGCUGUCUGAAGAGGUAUGAGUCAGUCAAUGAUAUCCUAAAGGAGUUCUUCGAGCUGCGGCUGCAUUACUACAAACUCCGAAAGGACUGGCAGCUGGGCAGUCUGGGGGCGGAGUCAGCCAAACUGUCCAACCAGGCGCGCUUCGUCCUGGAGAAGAUCGAGGGGAAGAUCUCCAUUGAAAACAAGACGAAGAGAGAGCUGAUUCGCAUGUUGGUGCAGAAAGGCUACGAGUCUGACCCUGUGGCUGCGUGGACCAAGGCACAGGAAAAGUUCCACGAGGAGGAUGAGGACAGCAGUGACAGUGACAGCUCCAUAGACUCGGGCUCUUCGUCAGGACCAAACUUCAACUACAUCCUCAACAUGCCCCUGUGGUGUCUGACCAAGGAGAAGGUGGACGAGCUGCUCAAACAGAGGGACCAGAAGAGAGGCGAGCUGCACGAACUCCAGAAGAAGUCUCCAGAGGAUCUGUGGAAGGAGGACCUGGCAGUAUUUGUGGAGGAACUCACGAACGUGGAAAACAUGGAGCGUGAGGAGCAGAACGUGGGCCGGGCCAUCAAACUAGUGAAGGGCAAAGUGGGCAAACCCAAAGUGAAGAAAAUGAACCUGGAGGAGACCCUGCCAUCCCCCUUCGGACGCAGAGUGGACCCGCCCACACAACCAAUCAAGUCUGAGGCUGCCAAGAAGGGCCUGGGCAGGAAGAAGAAGGGGGAUGCUGACCUGUCGGUGAAGUUGGAGCUGGAUGAAGACGGCCUGGUUAUAGAGGGAGGAGGAGAUGGUCCUACUCCUGGUGCCAAACCAAAGACUCCUCGGGUCAAGAAGGAAAAGAAGGAACCUGGAGCGCCCCGUGUGAGGAAACCAGCAGCACCCAAAGGCUCCGGUAACAAGAAGGUGAAGAAGAGGAACCCGUGGUCUGACGCCGAGUCCCAGUCUGACUCUGACCUGGAGGACAAGGAGCCACUGGUGAUCCCCCGAGAGACCAAGUCCCAGAGGCUAUCAGCGUCCAAGCCCAAGUACACUUUUGACUUCUCUGAGGAGGAGGGAGAUGAGGAGGAGGAGGAGGAGAAUGGAGAAGAUAACAUGGCAUCGUCUCCAGCCCGUUCCUACAAAGACGACUUCAUGUCCUCUGAGCCCAAAGACUCCUACAACGACCACAACAACGAUGAAGAUGAUGAAGACUCGUUCUCUGCUCCAGUGCACAAGUCCACGCCUGCACCAGCUCCUAAGAAGAAGGAACCCAGCAGUAUCUUCUCCUCCUCCAAGUCAGCCUUUUCUGACAAGAGCAACGACAGCGAUGGCUCACAUUCGGACAGUGAUGAUGGUGACCGGGGGAUCUUCACCACUUACUCCAGUUAUAGUUUUAAUAAGUCACCAGCAACACCAGCAAAAAAAGCCACCAAGAAGCAGACGGACACUCCACCUAAACCCAAGAAAACACCAGCGCCCAAAGCUAAGAAACCAGACAAGUCCAUCUGGGACUCAGACUCAGACACAGGCUCCAAGAAGCCCACCCCUGCACUGAAAGGAGGCAAAGGCCGGGGGAAGAGGAAGAAGGGCUCUGGCUCUGAGGAUGACGAGUACAGCCCCAUGAAGAAGGCCAACAAACCAGCAGCACGGAAACCCCAGAAAGCUCCGUCCGACGAUGACGACGAUGGCGACCUGGACAGCAACACCCUCAGUCUGCUCAACUUAUCUCGAGGUUCAGCCCGGGCCAAAAAGGAGGUCAAAUAUUUCGACUCCGACAACGAAGCCGAAGAGGAUGACGACAUGUUUGACUAAAUACUCCCAAACGCUCCACUCUCCACAGACUUUUGUACAUUUUUUUAUUUUUUUCCAUUCCUGGUGAAUUUGUGUAGUGAUUUUCUGAUAUUAUUCAACAUUUACUGCUUUGUUUUUUAUCGCUCAUUGAAAUGUUCCGUAUUCGUCCGAAGCAGCUUUUAGAAGUUUAGAAGAUCGCAGGCUUUGGCAUAUUUACUUGUUAAACGAUGUAACUUUUUGAACACAAAGUUGAACUAAGCGAUAGUCUGUUGUCCGUCUUCAAAUGUACUUUGUAUAGUUUCAUGAACUGGAAAAACGAAUAGAAGUUGUGUAGUAAAAUAAACACCCAACUAUUUAUA